GAGGGUUUACGAAGGUUUUGGGGAUUUUGCAGAAGCAAUUGAAGAAAAGGAGGAGCAGAGAGUGAAAUGGCUGCAAUUGGAAUCGCUUCUAGGUCUACUAGAUCCAUCUUCAGGAACGUCACUGCACGGAGAUUGAUCUCACCUAGAGCUAAACCCUCCGUUCCAAACCCUAAUCUCACUUCCCCACGCUUCAACACUGCUUCACGAAUCGAAGGUUCUGUUCCCAGGUUUCUUCGGAGAGAGCUAAGCACACAACAACCAUUUCACAGCCUUGUUGCUGCUGCUUGCCUUGUUUCGAAACUCCCCUCUGAUGUUACUUCCUAUGAAGGUAGAUUUGCAAACUAUCUCAGUCCCAUCUAGUAACAGCACCUGAAGUUGAUGGGUGGCUUAACAUCCCGGGGAUUGUUUUGCGCUAAGUUUGAGGUUUUUAAGGAAAUUCAGGUUCUUAAGUUACAUUCUGUCAACUGUCUCUUGCAAUCUCUCAGUUUAGAUUGAACUCUAUUACAUUUUUUUGGCAGAAGUUAUUACUUCCAUCUAGUUUUAUUUGGGUUUGUAUCUUUUUAAUCAGAUGAUGAUUCAACCAUAGUUACUGUCAGAGUGUAAGAUAAGCUCUCCCUGAUUCAUCCACUCUUUUUUAAAAGAAAAUAAGAUCGUUUGUAUGAGAUGAGACCUUUACGUAUGUACCAUUUGAAUUAUGUUCCA